ACCGAGGAUUGUCCCAAAUUUCAGAAGUGGGGGUAAGGCUUACGUACGAUAUAACAAGUAUUUCCUUCUCCCUUACACACGCCUGCGUGUGAAAGAGAAGAAAAUACAUGUUACAUCGUCCGUCCCUUUUCAACGUCUACGUUUGUCCUUUUCUACGUAUGCCUAUACCCCCACUCCUAAACCGAGCAGGCCUGCGGUAUUGUAUGACAGAUAUCCUAACCUGAAUAGGAGUCUAUCGCUUAUUUUUAUUAGAUUCGUUCGUUUUAAGCAAAACUGCAUCAAAUAAACAUAAUUACAUAUUUGAAGUAAUGGGUCUAAACUAAAUAAUUUAUACCUAAAACGAUUUUUCGUGAAACGAAAAGAAUGGAAGGGGAACUGUCAAUCGCUUUAAGUGAAGCAAAACAGAGUUUUAUUGAACUGAUGAGAUCGCUAAAUAAAACCAAUCAGCAAAAAUUUUUGGCAUUUAUUACGAAAGAAUGGAAACUCAAAUCGUUUACAGCUUAUAAUGAUACAGGAGACAAUGCAAACAGUGACAACAAAAAAAUGAUGGAAGCAUCAACGUUUAUUUUAAAUUCUAUUGCUUCUGAAAUUAAACAGAAGAUUCCAUUUAAUGCUAUUUUGGCAUCUGAAAAUCUUACAACUCCUUCAAUGGGAGAGAAUUCAGAUUGCGAUCCCAGCAUCACAUUACAUAUAGACGAGUUCCUUUAUAGUGAUGAGGAUAUCGACAAGCUUGUAGAUAAUAAUCAAUUGCAAAGAUAUUAUUGUACUGAUUGUAAAUCUAGAAAUAUACAACCAUUGAUUUAUUUGUCACAUUCCAUGUCGCAAGAUGGAUUAUAUUUUAUAUUUAAAAUGCUGCUGCCUUCUUUGAAAAACAAAAUUGUGCUUGAUGUAGGAUCAAGACUAGGUGCGAUUCUUUAUGGGGUCUUAUGCAGUGGCCAGAAAAGAGCGAGAAACACUAUAGCUACUUCCUGGAUAGAUUAUAUGUUUAGGGGCUAAGAUUUAGAAAGUUACAUAUACAGCUUAAUACUAGCCAUUUUUUCUAGAUAGAUGCUAGAAAGAAUCUAAAAAAACUAUCCAGAACCUAGCCCAGUUAACAUAACAUACCGUGCAUAUUUUAUCAUUGGUUCUACGUUGAUAUUCUAGUGAUAUUCUUUGUAUUUACUGCAAAAUAUUCUCAGUAUAUUCUACGAAGCAGAAAAGGCGGAAAUAGAAAUGUACUUAGUAUGUUCUCAAAAAAUAGUAGUACGUAUCUCGAAUGUUGUCAGAAUUUACGCAAUGUACUGCUGCAAUAUCCUUCGAACAUUCUUAGCAUCUACGUGUGUUGUAUGGGCACUUAGAUUUAAGUAUAUACAAAUACUAAUAUACAAAUAUAUAACCACGUAGAUACUAAGUAUUAAUAAGAUAAGUGUGAAAGAGAAACGUCGACGGAUCAGUCCCGUCACCUUUUUUUAAAUUUAAUUUUGACUCUUUUCCUGAAACUUUCAUCUCACAAAAAUCGCCAAAAAGGCGAGGAGAUUGCGACCAACCGCGAUACGGUUGCAAGGUGAUGCGAUCGAUCCGACGUCGACCGAAAGUGAUUGACCGCGAUUAAGACCAAGUGAAGAAAGCGCGACGCGAACAGAACGAGUAACUACGGCAAGAGAUCCAAAACUGCGGCAAAGGUCCGUAAAUACGGUAAACUACGGUGCGUACCCCCCCCCCCUCCCCUCCAAGGCGACCAAAGCGAGGCGACCGAGCGCAGAGAGGGGACACCGACGCGAACCGGCGAAAGGACGACGGCCAUGAUGGUCGAGGAGAGUUUGUCUCGGGCAGUCACAGCGUGCGGACGUGACCGUGAUUGCUAUUAACAACUAAGGAACUUCGAAUCGAGAUAGUUGCGAGUUCCCCGAACGGCGAGAGGCAACACGCAAUCGAGCCGGCAAUUAUAAUCGGUGGCAGUGAACGAUACUCGAUCGUCGAACCGCGAUCCGAGAAGCGCGUGAGUGCGAGAUAACGCGGUGCGGACGCGAGGACUCGAGAUCAUCGCGAGGUGACCCGAGCGUGUAACAAAAUGCUGACACGUUCAGGGCGCGACGGGGCGAUUAUGCCGUCUGUGCGACAAUCGCGUGCGUGUACCAACGGUGUAUAUAAUCGAACAGCGUAUACGUCUGUUCACGUGAAGGACACGUGUGUGUGUGUGUGUGUGUGCGCGCGCGCGCGAGAAAGGGCACUGAAAGCCUGGUUGUAUCAAGCAUACCGAAUAAAUUGUGCAUUAAGUUUACACGAACGA